AUCACAUUUGAUACGUCUGCAGCUGUAUAUGAAAUAAUGAACAAGAGACCAAUGACUAUAUUGGGGUUUAAUAUUGAUGUAGAUGUUUACAGGGACAAAAUCUAUUCAGAAUCUGAACAUGCCGAAAGAGAUGUACAAGGACCAGAAUCAUUACAAACAACAGGUGAAAGUAUCACUUCAAAACGCGACUCUAUUGGAAGAGAAAAGAAGGGAGCAGAAACUUCAAGCCAAAUCAAUGACAAACAAAAUGACACACUGACUGAAGAGCCAACAAAGAUUAAACUUUCCAGAGUAUCGGUAGACAUGAAUAGGUCUAUGUUGAAAAGAUUCUUUGAAAACGUGAUAGAUUUUGGCGGAAAAGUUGUGGAGGUGACUGUUAAUUCUAAGGAGAGUUCUGCUAUUGUCACAUUUGACACGUCUGCAGCGGUAUAUGAGAUAAUGGACACGAGACCAUUGACAAUAUUGGGUUUUAAAGUAGAUGUAGAUGUUUACA